AUGCUUAAUCGCAGCGUCAUCGACGAAAGAGCGAUAUACACCAAGCGGGCCGAGGAUUAUGCGGAGCUGGUGCGCCGGUUUGGCGACCCGGGGCUGCGCGAGGUGGGCAAUUACCGCCUGGGCGACGAGAUCGGCUCCGGCGCCUUCGGCAAGGUGUACAUCGCGCACCACAAGCUGCUGGGGUCCAAGGUUGUUGUGAAGAAGGGCGACCGUGUGACGCCGUCGGGCUGCAACGACAACCUCAUGCGCGAGUACUACUACCUGAAGGAGUUUGGUGCGCACCCUAACGUGACCAAGCUGUACGAGCUGAUUUUGACCGAGACCAGUGCGUUCAUGGUGCUGGAGUUCUGUCCCGAGGGCGACCUGUUUGAGUAUCUGAGCCGGCACAAGCGCUUGCCCCUGGAGGAGAGCCUGCGGAUGUUUGUCCAGCUGGCAUCGGCCGUCCACUACAUGCACCGUAGCGGCUGUUGCCACCGGGACCUAAAGCUGGAGAACGUGCUGCUGGACAAAAAACACAACGUGAAGCUGUCGGACUUUGGGUUUGCGCGCGAGUUUCCGAUGGCGCAGCACGGCCCGCGCGGGCUGCUCAACGACAUUUGCGGAACGAGCGCGUACAUGGCUCCGGAGCUACUGAGAAAGACGCCGUACGUGGGCACGAAAACAGACAUCUGGGCGCUCGGCGUGAUUCUGUACACGCUGGUGGCGGGCGAGAUGCCGUUUGACGAC